CAGUUCGUCACAGCACAAAGGUUUCGUAACAUUCUGAUUCGUUCCAUUCAGUUCAUAGUAUAUGGUUUGAAUUGGUUUCGUCCCUCUUGUCUUUAUUGUCUUCAAGCUUCUUCUGACUUCAAGUUACUAACUUCGAGUGCGUGAUUUUCGAGAAUGUCUGGUGAGAAGUUAUUUGGUGUUAUAGUCUGUGAUAGCCAAGCUAAAUGGGGCGGCCCAGAAGGUAUUGCUAAACGAGUUGAAAACCUGCUUUCUACUGAAAAUAGCGUAUGGAAGACUUUCAAAGCCGAAGAAGGAGAGUUUCCAACUGAAGAUGAGUUGAAUACAUUCCAUGCGAUUUAUAUUACCGGCAGUAAGCAUUCUGUUCACGAUAAAACACAGCAGUGGAUAAAAGGGCUGGAACAUUUUAUCCAACGAGCAUAUGAUUUGAAAAAGCCAAAAGUAUUUGGAACAUGCUUUGGUCAUCAAAUUAUAGCACAGGCCCUUGGAGGCAAAGUCGCCCUGAAUCCGUCGAGACGAUUUAUCUGCCACAACGAGGAAAUCCAGCUAUGUGGAGAUGAUAGUGAUGAUAGUGUCUUUUUGAGAAACCUGAGGAAAAUUAAUGAUGGAAAACCGUUUCGUAUUCUCCAGUCCCACAGCGAUUGUGUUGAGGAAUUACCGGAAAAUGCAAAGAAUGUGGCAACCUCUGAUUCAUGCGAACAUGAAAUUGUUUUGUUCAGUGUUAAUAUCAUAGGUUCCCAGUCACAUGCUGAUUUCACUGUGGAGGAUCUCACAGAAAUAAUUUUACCCUCGAAAAUGAAUGCGAAUGCCAUAACAAAAGAAGAGCUUGAAUACGCUAACCAAUCAUUCCAGCAACCUAACAACUGUUUAGAUUUGGCCAAGGCAAUUCGUGAAUUUUUUAAUUCCUAAAUUAUCUGCUACUGUUUAUUGUAUUUGGAGCACUGUAAGCUAUUAGAAAUAUAAAAUAUUACAUGAUUUCCAAAACUGGGAAAAAUAAGAUCACAUAAUAUAUUGAUCUCUUGAAAAGAGGAAUUAAUAGCAUUGUAUUUUAUACAUAUAUUAACUGAAAAGCACAUGUUAAAACUCAGCAUUUAUCUUGAUAUAUAUUCUUUGGCUUAUAGAUAAGGUUGGUGUAUUUUUAUUUCAUUGGUAAAUGUUAAGCUGACC